AUGCAGCUCCUACAGUACCAGAAAGGCGACAUAGACUUCCCUGAUAGCACGCUAAAGGAUUCCCAUGUCAGCGGUUGUGCCAUAGACUUUAUACGCUCACUGAUGCGGAUCGAACCUUCGCAGAGACUGACCGCCAAGAAAGCCCUCGAUCACUCUUGGUUUGCAGUCAGCAAUGUCUCGCAGACGCACACACACAUCGCUUCUACCAUCAGAAUGACAGAUGAAUUCAUGCCGGCGACUUCACUGCACCAGAUCCAAGCUCCUACGAUACACGACGUCAAUGAUGAGGCUGUCGUCUCAGAGAAGCGGGAGUUCCCAACAUCCACUCAGACUACAGAAGCUUCUGCGAAAUGGACUGAGACAAUCCCUAUACGUUCAGAAGAUAAUCAAGCUUCCGGGAUGUGGACUGAGACUGUCGCAGAUCCAGCGGCGCGAAAAGGGCACUCAGCUCUUCAUCAUCGUCUAAGCGUCCUACAACGCACCCCAGAAACCGUAAUUGCGAAGAGAAAAGAAACUUCUGAUGACUCCCGAGUUCCAGGUACGAUUCUUCCAUGGUAUCCCAACAAAUAUCUGGGCCAGGACCCUGAUGUCGAGAGAGGAGCUGAGCAGCGCGAAACCGCCGAUAGGAAACGCCAUCUCAAGGAAACUGCCAGGAUGCUCCAAGCCGCAGAUCUCAGCAACCGGGCGAGGGCAUUCAGGCGCGAGAACAAAUCUCCAGACCUGGACGACCUCAAGAAGUUCAGUCAGAAUUUCAAACUGUCUACCCCUGUCCCAAGUAGCCUCCUGCCCAGGGGAUCUAACGAUGAAAAGAGACCGCUCCUGGACGAAGCUUAUCCUAAGCGGUACACACCGGUGCACAAGUCAAACGUUGAAGAAGACUACGAGAGCACCCAAAGGGCCAAUCUUGUCAAAGCAGAAAUGCAGCGGCAACCAUACAGUAAUGCCCCACCAUCAUCAUCCUUGCACUCUAGUCUGCUUCCGCCACCAGCAGGACUGCGGCCUCGUUCAUUGUCUGCGAGUAAAUCUACGCAAUCCAAAAGCCGACCGCAAUCUCAAACACUUCCAUAUACCGUUUCGCAAACACAUGUACCGGAAGGGAAAGCACCUAUGCCGAACCAAUGGGAAGAAGCGCCGCGCAUACAAGAAGACAUUGCUCAGUCUACCCUCCAGAAGCCAGAGGCUGAUUCAAAGCCUCGAGUACUACUGAAGGGCCAAUGCUGCAAGCUUUGCGUAAGAUAA